UGUCAGUCAGUCACUAGCAGGACAGUAUGGACUUCUGUCCUCUCUCUGCGCUGCUCUUGCUGCUUCUGCUCAUCUGCAUCGUACAAGCUCAAGUUUCAGAUCCAAAACCUCUCGUCAGUAGUGACCAAACAACUGAAACUGAAGUUGCAGACUCAGAAACAGAUCGACCAAAAGCUACACUUACAUUACAACAUGACUGGACAGACGUUUUCAAAGGACAGACUGUCACUUUUAAAUGUGACAUACUGGGAUCUGGCCAUAGAGUGUGGACAUACAACUGGUAUCAGAAUGGAGAUGAAGAUUAUCCAGUUCACUCUGCUUAUGGAACAAAUGAAUACACAUUUAAAGUGGAAGAAAAUGCUAGGUUUUCUUGCAAGGGAACCCGGAUGACCCAAGAGCACCAACUGAGCACUGAAUUCAGUAACACUGUUACACUGAAUGUGAUGGCAAAACCCAAACCAACUGUGAAGGUUAAGCCUCAGACGUCUGUCUACACUGGAGACACUGUUACUCUAAGCUGUGAGGUACAGCAGUCUACUGGAUGGACGUUUUUAUGGUACAUUUACCCUCAGCUUCCAAAAUCAUGGACCACUGUAAGAAAAAACAAUAUAAUGAUUGUGACAGUCUCUGAAGAAGGAACUUCAGAAUAUGAUUGCAGUGCACGAAGGGGACAAUACUACACACAUUACAGUGACGUAGUCAAGAUCACAGCAGCUGCAAGACCAAAAGCUGUGGCCUCCAUAAAGCCUGAUCCACAGGUAUUUGCGGGAGAGACUGCCACUCUCAGAUGUGACAUAGAGGGAAGAGGAGUCUAUAGGUGGCAGUACAGCUGGACGAAAGAGGGUUCAGAGAGAACUGUCAGUAGUGAACAGGAGUACAGUAUCGGUGGUGUUAAAGAUACUCAUGAAGGUCAAUACACCUGUAGAGGAUCAGAGACAGGAGGAUCACGUUACUCCCACACCAGUGAUGCUGUUACACUGACUGUAUCAGCAAAACCCAAACCAACUGUGAAGGUUAAGCCUCAGACGUCUGUCUACACUGGAGACACUGUUACUCUAAGCUGUGAGGUACAGCAGUCUACUGGAUGGAUGUUUUUAUGGUACAUUUACCCUCAGCAGCCAAAAUCAUGGACCACUGUAAGAAAAAACAAUAUAAUGGAUGUGACAGUCUCUGAAGAAGCAACUUCAGAAUAUGGUUGCGGUGCACGAAGGGGACAAUACUACACACAUUACAGUGACGUAGUCAAGAUCACAGCAGCUGCGAGACCAAAAGCUGUGGCCUCCAUAAAGCCUGAUCCACAGGUAUUUGAGGGAGAGACUGUCACUCUCAGAUGUAACAUACAGAGAAGAGGCGUCUCUAAGUGGCAGUACAGCUGGAAGAAAGAGGGUUCACUCAGUCCUGUCAGCAGAGAACAGCUUUACACAAUCAGUGGUGCUGAAGAGUCUCAUACAGGUAACUACACCUGUAGAGGAACAGAGGCAGGAGGAUCCCACUACUCCCACACCAGUGAUGCUGUUACGCUGACUGUAUCAGCAAGACCAAAAGCUGUGGCCUCCAUAAAGCCUGAUCCACAGGUAUUUGUGGGGGAGACUGUCACUCUCAGAUGUGACAUACAGGGAAGCAGCGUCUAUAGGUGGCAGUACAGCUGGAAGAAAGAGGGUUCAGAGAGAACUAUCAGUAGUGAACAGCAGUACAAUAUCGGUGGUGUUAAAGAUUAUCAUGAAGGUGAAUUCACCUGUAGAGGAACAGAGGCAGGAGGAUCACGUUACUCCCACACCAGUGAUGCUGUUACACUGACUGUAUCAGUAAGACCCAAACCAUCUGUGACGGUGCAGCCUCAGAGCUCUGUCUACACUGGAGACAUCGUUACACUGAGCUGUAAUAUACAGUCGUCUGUAGGAUGGAAGUUUCUCUGGUACAAAUACAAUGGACACCCAGGAACGCUGACCAGUACAGAUGAACAUUCCAAGACAAUAAGUUGGAUAGUGUCUUAUGUAGGACGAUUCAAGUAUUAUUGCAAGGCACAGAGGGGAAACUACCACACACAUUACAGUGAGGUGGCUGAAAUUACAGUAUUAGCAAGACCAAAAGCUGUGGCCUCCAUAAAGCCUGAUCCACAGGUAUUUGUGGGGGAGACUGUCACUCUCAGAUGUGACAUACAGGGAAGCAGCGUCUAUAGGUGGCAGUACAGCUGGAAGAAAGAGGGUUCAGAGAGAACUAUCAGUAGUGAACAGCAGUACAAUAUCGGUGGUGUUAAAGAUUAUCAUGAAGGUGAAUUCACCUGUAGAGGAACAGAGGCAGGAGGAUCACGUUACUCCCACACCAGUGAUGCUGUUACACUGACUGUAUCAGCAAAACCCAAACCAACUGUGAAGGUUAAGCCUCAGACGUCUGUCUACACUGGAGACACUGUUACUCUAAGCUGUGAGGUACAGCAGUCUACUGGAUGGAUGUUUUUAUGGAACAUUUACCCUCAGCAGCCAAAAUCAUGGACCACUGUAAGAAAAAACAAUAUAAUGGAUGUGACAGUCUCUGAAGAAGCAACUUCAGAAUAUGGUUGCGGUGCACGAAGGGGACAAUACUACACACAUUACAGUGACGUAGUCAAGAUCACAGCAGCUGCGAGACCAAAAGCUGUGGCCUCCAUAAAGCCUGAUCCACAGGUAUUUGAGGGAGAGACUGUCACUCUCAGAUGUAACAUACAGAGAAGAGGCGUCUCUAAGUGGCAGUACAGCUGGAAGAAAGAGGGUUCACUCAGUCCUGUCAGCAGAGAACAGGUGUACACAAUCAGUGGUGCUGAAGAGUCUCAUACAGGUAACUACACCUGUAGGGGAACAGAGGCAGGAGGAUCCCGCUACUCCCACACCAGUGAUGCUGUUACGCUGACUGUAUCAGCAGUGAAACCUAAACCUGAACUCACAUCUAGCCCUCAAGGAGCUGCACUGAUGGGAAACCCAGUGACUCUGUACUGUAAGCUGGUGCAGUCUGCUGGAUGGAGGUUUUACUGGUCCAAACACACACAGAACCCUGAGAAUGAGACCAACACUGCAACACACUCUUACACCAUCAGUGCAGUGAAGCUUUCUGAUGGAGGCCAGUACUGGUGUAGAGCUGGCAGAGGAAAUCCAGUCUACUACACAGACUACAGUGAUGUGCUCUGGGUAAACAUUACUGAUGUGUCUUCUCUAGUCUCUCUGAUCAUCAUUCCCAACAGAACUCAACACUUCAGUGGUCACUCUCUCUCACUGAGCUGUGAGGACCAGAGGAACUCUACCAAAUGGAGAGUCAUGCAAUACACACAAAAUAGGAGUGUGUCAAAUUGUCCACCAGGCAAGGAAUCAGUUACAAGAUCUACAUGCAACAUCAGCUCUCUCUCCACAGCCCACACUGGAGUGUACUGGUGUCAGUCUAAGUCUUUAGGGAGCAGUAAACCUGUCAACAUCACAGUGCAUGAUGGUGAUGUGAUCCUAGACAGUCCUGUACAUCCUGUGACUGAGGGAGAUUCUCUGACUCUACGAUGUUUAUUGAACAAAACAUCUUCUAACCUCAUAUCUUACUUCUAUAAAGAUGGAUCACUCUUUUGGAACCAGACCACAGGACAGAUAAUCAUCCAUGCCAUCUUAAAAUCAGAUGAGGGUCUCUACCACUGUGAAUACCCAGAGAGAAAAGAGUCACCAAAGAGCUGGGUCUCAGUCAGAGGCUUAGGUCCUGGAUCCAGUGGUGUAAUAGUUGGACCGGCUGUUGGACUCAGUUUAACCUUGUUGCUCAUUAUCAUACUUAUCCUGUUCCUGAGCUACAAGAAGAACAAAGGUACAAGAUCUCUGUCUCCCCCUACUGGACAUCAGGAGAACACUAGCCAGACCACGGGCCAGAGGCAGAGUUGGACUGGGCCUGGGAGCUCUCUUUCAGGAACCUCACUGCUGCAAGCAGGAGGUGAUCUGAUUUAUGCCAAUGUUGGUAACAGGAUUACAGAUAAUACAUUAACAGGCCCAACUGAUGGAACUUACUCAAAAAAAGAGCUGAAAAACUUGAAACUUCACAGUAAAGAUGCUGGUGCAGGACCCAGUGAUGUGACUUAUGCUCAAAUUAAAAUGAAACCCAAGAAGAAACCAAAACAAACAGAGAAGACCAGGGAGGGCACUGAUGUGAUGUACUCAGAACUGAAACAGAAGUCAGAAAAGGAUGGUCCAGGACCCAGUGAUGUGACUUAUGCUGAAACUGAAAUGAAAACCAUGAAGAAGCCAAAACAAACGGGUGAUUCCACUAAAACCACAGAUUCAACAUAUGCUCAGGUUAGCAAAAGGCACAGCAAAAAGAAUAACAGGUGUCUGAAGAAAGUGCAACAUUGUGAAAUUUAAAUCUUCAAUCAGUGACUCGAGUAGUGUCAAAGCUGCCUCACAGAGAAUCUAUGAUAAAUGUAGUUUUUACAGGAUCUGUUGUUCCGUUCCUUGUGGUGUUGCUGUACUCGAGGUUUUCUGAAGUCUAGCUUGUGGCUUUAGGGGACAGGAGGGACCAGGAUCUGAACUAAAGAGAUAUUUAGGCUUAUACUCCAUAACUUUGCCAAUGAUGUAUCCAGUUUACAUCAUCUAGUAAAGAUCACUUGAUGCUGCUGAAUAUUUUUGAAUAGCCACAAUCAAAAUAGUACAAUUAAAAGAAUAAUAAUUUUUAAAAGGGUGAUAACAGUACAAGGUGCAUGCUCAUUUGGUAUUUUUUAUGGGUUUUUUUACAUUUAAAUUUCAUUUUUAUUAAUAGAUUUUUCUGUUAUUCUAAUUUUCUCUCACCAUGAACAUCCUAAUGUUUUAUAGUCUUUUUGGCUUGAUUUUUACCCAUAUGCCUAGCCAAGUGUGAAACAUUUAAGUGAUGGCUCACAUACUGCACAUUGUUCGUACGCUAUACAUUUUGAUGUAAAAUUGUAAUUCAAUAUUCUUAUAUAUCAUUAUAACUUAUUAUUGUAGCCUAUUUGUUUACUUAUGUCUUUCUUUCAUAAAUGUUUGUUUGCUAUAAUAAAAAAAAACUAUUGCUAUUAAAAACUCAUUAUCGUUCUAAAAAUAAACCUUAACAUUUCUUAACAUGUACUGUAUAUGCAUGAGUUUGUAUGACAGGUCUAUUGGUCCACUCAUUAUGUGCGCCCCCAACAUACAGCUGGUGUGUUCAA